AAGAAUGUUUGCAUUAUGACUUUAAAUCCAGAUUAUCCCCGAAACAUUUCCUAACAUCCCAUAGUUUCAUUUGAUCCACGGCAGCGGCAGCAGCAGCAGCGGCAGCAGCAGGUUUUGUAGCGGUGGUGGAGCAAAGGUAAAGCCGUCACAUGACUGCUGCGCUCCGCGUCGCUCCCUGAUCAGACGGCAGCGGCAGCAGCAGCCGGGGCGACAUUGUAAACACGCCGCGAUCAGGGCUUUGUCUCACACACACACACACACACACACACACACACACUCACACACUCAUUCACAGAGAGAGCGGGAGACACUGCCAGUCAUGCCAUGGACAUUCUGUGGCAAUACCAGUUCCGGAUCAUUUUGCUCGGGGAUUCCACCGUGGGGAAGUCGUCGCUGCUGAAGCGCUUCACGGACGGCAUCUACAGCGAUGUGGCGGACCCGACGGUCGGCGUGGACUUCUACGCCCGCUCGCUGGACCUCGAGCCCGACGUGAAGAUCAAGCUGCAGCUGUGGGACACGGCCGGCCAGGAGCGGUUCAGGUCCAUCACAACGUCAUACUACCGCAACUCUGUGGGCGGGCUGCUCGUUUUCGACCUCACCAAUCGCAAGACCUUUGACCACGUGAGGGAGUGGCACAAGGAGGUGAGUGAGCACAUCCUGCCCCACCACAUGGUCUACAUCCUCAUCGGCCACAAGAGCGACCUCAACAAGGACCGCAGGGUGACCCGAGAUGAGGCGGAGCAGCUGGCGGCGGCACUGGGAAUUCGCUACGUGGAGACGUCGGCCAAAUGCAACAGCAACGUGGACCGCGCCUUUGAGCUGCUGACCAAAGACAUCUACGAGCUGAUGAAGAUGGGGGAGAUCGUCACCCGCGACGGAUGGGAUGGCGUGAAGAGCGGCCUCACUGCCAAAGUCCUGUACCCGGGCGAGGACGAAGAGCAACUGGCUACGGCAACCGCUGAAAAGGGCUGCCACUGCUGACUGAGAACUCUCCGUGUCCAAACACUGUCCCGUCACCCCAAGAGCUUGCAUCGCCUCACAGUCGUCCAACACAAACAAGUCACUCUGGCAUCAGCAUCUCAUGGUACCAUCGUCCAUCACUUCCUCACCUCGUGCUUUGUGCCCUCUCUGUGUGUGGGACAAUGGAGAUUUCUUCUCAAACAUGGGCGGUAGUGUAAAUCCUGGUGUGUAUCCUAUAAGCAAGUUGUAUCUGUAAUUCCAUACGGUGUAGCACGAAGCAGGCUGAUUCUCACCUUGUUAGGUUAAAAGAACACAGAAACCGUGUAGAGGUGAUCAGGUCUCGGGACUGAGAGUGUAGCCAAUACUCCUUUUGAGGAUACUGUCCAAGUUUGUGCAAUGCUUUGCCUGCAAUCCUGAGUGACAGUAAUUUUGUAAAUAAUAGUGAACUCUGUAGAGAUGAAAGCUAAAAGGUCACUUAAAGCUAUUUAAUUAAUAUUGUGAACAGACACAGUGCACUCUUCAAUAAGUGUCACCAUAUAAAUUCAAUGUGCUCCUCCUGCUACUGUAAGCUGUACGUGCACUUGCGCCAAACUGACUUCAAUUUUUGAUCAUUCUGUGAAUACAUGAGUGAUGUUUUGUAAAAAAAAAAAUAGAGAAUAUUUCUAGUUAAGGUGUAUAAAUAAAGACGGGCCAUUGUAAUUAGCAUAGGUGGUCCUAUUUAGGGAUAUGUAUCAUAGCACCAACAGGGGCAAGACAUCAAGUGUAUCAGAGAUUCAUCUCUCGGUCAUCAAACCUUUAAUUAUGUCAUCAGUACUAGUAAAGGUGUGUUUGAUUAAGAACAAAAAAGAGGAGUUUGAGUUUCACUUUGCAGUUGUUUGCAGCAUUGGCAAACAACCACUUCUUUUAUUCAAAGCUCAACAUUACAUUCGGGCCUGAGGCGGCGAGGAACUCAUCACAUCCACGAGCACAGAAGGAUGUGCUGCUCACUUUAUGUUGUGCUCCAAUUGGUGUCAGGAAGCAGGAAAAUUGGAAAGUCUGGCUUCCACAUAGAAAACCAGGUCAGGAAUUGUCAAACCCGAGGACACCACAUUAGUUAGGAACUGCAAAUGCUAAUUAUCGACAGGGGCCCCGGCACUGUCGCAAAACAUGCUGUGAAACAUGGCACCCGGGUUGGGUUUUAGCAAGGGACACUGUUGUCAGGGCCUUAAAGGAAUAGUUCAACAUUUUAGGAAAUAAGGUUAGAAAAUCGAUGUAUUCUCAAUUUCUGUGUGGAAAGUAGGUAACUAGAAUCUAUAGCCAAGAAUCAUUAGCAGAGCUUAUCUUAAAGUAAACAUUCAUUUCAUAAAUCUAUUUGGGUACAAAUUAAACAGUGUUUUGGUAGAGUAUUUUCCAACAUGUAGAUCAAUUUCUUGGAAGUUACUGUAUCAACAUGCUCACUGUUAAUCAUGGAAAUCUGACUUUACAGAACAUCAGCUGACCUGUGUGGGUUGCAUUGUCAUCCACCGGAAUACAAAUCUGAACUGUAGAGCUGCUGUUUAAGUUGCUGAAAUUCUUCUGUCAACUAAGUAAUGUUAGAAUUUUGAUCACAUGACUGAGUUUUGGGGGAUUUAGUGACUUGUUACAUGAAUAACACCAGCUGUAAUGGAGCCUGAAGAUCAUGUACAUGCUCUCAUGGAGUCUUUGGACUGCAGACACUAAUAAUCUGUUUACGAGUCAGCAGCGUACAAUAGACCACAGUACACUUAGCCUCACCUCUCAUCACUGUCAAUCACCUUUCACCGACAUCUCGGGAAAAUUCCUGUUCACAUUCACACUGUAACCAGCAAGACAUUCUGCAGUUUGUACUUUGUAUUCAUGUGAUAAAGCGUACUUUUUUCUUUUCUUUGAGUCGAUAAAUGCUGUAUGGGUGACAGAGUUAACGUACUGUACGCUGUGGCUGAAGUUUUGUAUUCAGUAAGGAAUGUAUUGUAAUACAUUUGCACCAUCCCUUUAUUUAUAUCUCUUCUUUUUCUGUACAGAUUCAACUGGUAUUCCUCCUGGUGAACAACCACACGUUAUUGUCAGGUUCAAAUUCAGCAUACUAUAUACAAUAUAUGUUUUCUGUUUGUUUGACAAUCAGAUGUUAACAUUUUACGUUCAGGGUGAAGGUGAGAACUCCAUCGUGGGCUUGCCGAACGUCCAUCCAGGAUCACCAUUUGACAGCCAGUCUGACUGUGUUCAAUACUACAACUAUCUUCCUCACUUUGGUCCCUCAUGUAAACAGGGUCACAUUGUAUGAUAUUGUUUAAAUUAGUCUGUUGCGCGUUGUUGUCAGCGAACUGUUCUCCGAUGAGCAUGAUUCUUAUUCCUGAAAUGAUGUGACGGUGGCGAGUGGGUUGAAUUUAAAGGACAACUGUGGAAACACAAGAAGAACCAUUGUGCUUUUUGAAGGACUCACAUGGGAAGAAUAUACUUUCCUCUCCUCAGUGAACAGUGGGAAAAUCAAUAUCUACCAAUUACAUUUUUUGAAUAUACUUACAGCUCCAUUUGUAAUCUUAGGGGUUAGGUCCACUUUCUGCCUCUCUAACUGAAAUCUGAAAAGGGAGCUCUUAAACAUUUCUGUAAAUAUGCUUGUUCCCUUUCUCUCGGAGACUCGAGAAGAUUGACCAUGAAAUCUCAAUAUCGAUAAUGAUCUUCUUGUCUCGCUAUCAGGAAAACAGAUGAUUAGCUAAUUCCCCAAAAUGUUGAACCAUACAUUUAAUGAUUUUAUGCUAUCCACCAAUCCCAUUCUGUACCUGAAAGACAUGCAGGACGGUACAUAGCACAAAACUGUACAGCGCCAGAGCCACAUGGUCACAUUUCACAGCUUUAUUAAAUAAAUGUUAUUUAUUUUA